CAUCCAAAUGCUACAUACAGUUAAUCCUCCUGUAGACUGAACCCCCUUCAUGAGCAGCCCCAUGGAGGAAGCUCACGGCGGCAUGCCGUCGACGACGGCCUUCUUCCCGCUGGCAGGGCUCCACAAGUUCAUGGCCAUCUUCCUCGUGUUCCUCUCGUGGAUCUUGGUCCACUGGUGGAGCCUGAGGAAGCAGAAGGGGCCGAGGUCAUGGCCGGUCAUCGGCGCGACGCUGGAGCAGCUGAGGAACUACUACCGGAUGCACGACUGGCUCGUGGAGUACCUGUCCAAGCACCGGACGGUGACCGUCGACAUGCCCUUCACCUCCUACACCUACAUCGCCGACCCGGUGAACGUCGAGCAUGUGCUCAAGACCAACUUCAACAAUUACCCCAAGGGGGAGGUGUACAGGUCCUACAUGGACGUGCUGCUCGGCGACGGCAUAUUCAACGCCGACGGCGAGCUCUGGAGGAAGCAGAGGAAGACGGCGAGCUUCGAGUUCGCUUCCAAGAACUUGAGAGACUUCAGCACGAUCGUGUUCAGGGAGUACUCCCUGAAGCUGUCCAGCAUACUGAGCCAGGCUUGCAAGGCCGGCAAAGUUGUGGACAUGCAGGAGCUGUAUAUGAGGAUGACGCUGGACUCGAUCUGCAAAGUGGGGUUCGGAGUCGAGAUCGGCACGCUGUCGCCGGAGCUGCCGGAGAACAGCUUCGCGCAGGCGUUCGACGCCGCCAACAUCAUCGUGACGCUGCGGUUCAUCGACCCGCUGUGGCGCGUGAAGAAGUUCCUGCACGUCGGCUCGGAGGCGCUGCUGGAGCAGAGCAUCAAGCUCGUCGACGAGUUCACCUACAGCGUCAUCCGCCGGCGCAAGGCCGAGAUCGUGCAGGCCCGGGCCAGCGGCAAGCAGGAGAAGAUCAAGCACGACAUACUGUCGCGGUUCAUCGAGCUGGGCGAGGCCGGCGGCGACGACGGCGGCAGUCUGUUCGGGGACGACAAGGGCCUCCGCGACGUGGUGCUCAACUUCGUGAUCGCCGGGCGGGACACCACGGCCACGACGCUGUCCUGGUUCACCUACAUGGCCAUGACGCACCCGGACGUGGCCGAGAAGCUCCGCCGCGAGCUGGCCGCCUUCGAGGCGGAGCGCGCCCGCGAGGAUGGCGUCGCUCUGGUCCCCUGCGGCGACGGCGAGGGCUCCGACGAGGCCUUCGCUGCCCGCGUGGCGCAGUUCGCGGGGUUCCUGAGCUACGACGGCCUCGGGAAGCUGGUGUACCUCCACGCGUGCGUGACGGAGACGCUGCGCCUGUACCCGGCGGUGCCGCAGGACCCCAAGGGCAUCGCGGAGGACGACGUGCUCCCGGACGGCACCAAGGUGCGCGCCGGCGGGAUGGUGACGUACGUGCCCUACUCCAUGGGGCGGAUGGAGUACAACUGGGGCCCCGACGCCGCCAGCUUCCGGCCGGAGCGGUGGAUCGGCGACGACGGCGCCUUCCGCAACGCGUCGCCGUUCAAGUUCACGGCGUUCCAGGCGGGGCCGCGGAUUUGCCUCGGCAAGGACUCGGCGUACCUGCAGAUGAAGAUGGCGCUGGCAAUCCUGUGCAGGUUCUUCAGGUUCGAGCUCGUGGAGGGCCACCCCGUCAAGUACCGCAUGAUGACCAUCCUCUCCAUGGCGCACGGCCUCAAGGUCCGCGUCUCCAGGGCGCCGCUCGCCUGAUCUUGAUCUGGUUCCGGCGACGGUGAUGGACCUGGACGCUCCGGUGGCUGGCUGGCCGGACGGCCGGCGCGUUAUGACACGCUCGAUUUAACUUGGCAACUGUGAUAAACUCGUAUAUGUAGGCAGAGUGGAGAGGGUAUUGAUCGAUUUGCCAUUGACGUUGCCCUACUCCAUGGAUGUUUGUAUUGCCUCUAGAUCAUUAUAGUUCGUGUUUGUUCUUGAGCCUAAGUAUUUAUUGCACAUUUCAAAAUGACAAAUGUAUGCAAUUGUCUUUUCUGGA